CGGGGGCCCCCUCCGGAAGGUGAAGGGGAUGGAUUGGACUCCGCUGGGGAAAGCGGGUGUCUAGAAGUGGUGCUAAUGGGAAGAGAUUUCUGGUUUCAAAAGAGGAUGCUCUGCCACAAAGAGCGGCUUGCGCGCUGGCCUGGGCUCUAGCCGAGGAGAGAUCCCGGGAGAACUCCAGAGCUCGCGGGGAGCGCUCCUCGGAAGACCGGGGCCAACAUGCCUGUUCGCAGGGGGCAUGUGGCACCACAAAACACAUUUUUGGGGACCAUCAUACGGAAAUUUGAAGGGCAAAAUAAAAAAUUUAUCAUUGCAAAUGCCAGAGUGCAAAACUGUGCCAUCAUCUACUGCAAUGAUGGGUUCUGCGAGAUGACUGGUUUCUCCAGGCCAGAUGUCAUGCAAAAGCCAUGCACCUGCGACUUUCUCCAUGGGCCUGAGACCAAGAGGCAUGAUAUUGCCCAAAUUGCCCAGGCAUUGCUGGGGUCAGAGGAGAGGAAAGUGGAGGUCACCUACUAUCACAAAAAUGGGUCCACUUUCAUUUGUAACACUCACAUAAUUCCAGUGAAAAACCAAGAGGGCGUGGCUAUGAUGUUCAUCAUUAAUUUUGAAUAUGUGACAAAUGAGGAAAACGCUGCCUCCCCAGAGAGGGUAAAUCCAAUAUUACCAGUCAAAACUGUAAACCGGAAACUUUUUGGGUUUAAAUUGCCUGGUCUGAGAGUUCUCACUUACAGAAAACAGUCCUUACCCCAAGAAGACCCUGAUGUGGUAGUAAUUGAUUCAUCUAAACACAGUGAUGAUUCAGUAGCCAUGAAGCACUUCAAGUCUCCUACAAAAGAGAGCUGCAGCCCCUCCGAAGCAGAUGAUACAAAAGCCUUGAUACAGCCCAGCAAAUGUUCCCCCUUGGUGAAUAUAUCUGGACCUCUUGACCAUUCCUCUCCCAAAAGGCAAUGGGACCGACUCUACCCUGACAUGCUGCAGUCAAGUACCCAGCUGACUCAUUCCAGAUCGAAGGAAAGCAUCUGUAGUAUACGGAGGGCUUCUUCAGUUCACGAUAUAGAAGGAUUCAGUGUCCACCCCAAGAACAUAUUUAGAGACCGACAUGCCAGUGAAGACAAUGGUCGCAAUGUCAAAGGGCCUUUUAAUCAUAUCAAGUCAAGCCUCCUGGGAUCCACGUCAGAUUCUAAUCUCAAUAAAUACAGCACCAUUAACAAGAUUCCACAGCUCACCCUGAAUUUUUCGGAUGUCAAAACUGAAAAAAAGAAUGCAUCCCCUCCUUCUUCAGAUAAAACCAUUAUUGCACCCAAGGUUAAAGAUCGAACACACAAUGUGACAGAGAAAGUCACCCAGGUUCUCUCUUUAGGAGCAGAUGUCCUGCCAGAAUAUAAACUGCAGACCCCACGCAUCAACAAGUUUACAAUAUUGCACUACAGCCCCUUCAAGGCAGUCUGGGAUUGGCUUAUUCUGCUCUUGGUCAUAUACACUGCUAUUUUCACGCCCUACUCUGCAGCCUUUCUCCUCAAUGACAGAGAAGAACAGAAAAGACGAGAAUGUGGCUAUUCUUGUAGCCCUUUGAAUGUGGUGGACUUGAUUGUGGAUAUUAUGUUCAUCAUAGAUAUUCUCAUAAACUUCAGAACAACAUAUGUAAAUCAGAAUGAAGAAGUGGUAAGUGAUCCGGCCAAAAUAGCAAUACACUACUUCAAAGGCUGGUUCCUGAUCGACAUGGUUGCAGCAAUUCCUUUUGACUUGCUGAUUUUUGGAUCUGGUUCUGAUGAGACAACAACAUUGAUUGGUCUUUUGAAGACAGCUCGACUCCUUCGUCUUGUGCGAGUUGCCCGAAAGCUUGAUCGAUAUUCAGAAUAUGGCGCUGCCGUCCUAAUGCUCUUAAUGUGCAUAUUUGCCCUGAUAGCUCACUGGCUGGCUUGCAUUUGGUACGCAAUUGGGAAUGUAGAAAGGCCCUACCUGACAGACAAAAUUGGAUGGUUGGAUUCCUUAGGACAACAAAUUGGGAAACGAUACAAUGACAGUGAUUCAAGUUCUGGACCAUCCAUUAAAGACAAAUACGUCACAGCACUUUAUUUUACCUUCAGCAGUUUAACCAGUGUAGGAUUCGGAAAUGUGUCUCCUAACACCAAUUCGGAGAAAAUCUUUUCAAUCUGUGUCAUGUUGAUUGGCUCACUAAUGUAUGCAAGCAUUUUUGGGAAUGUAUCUGCAAUUAUCCAAAGACUAUACUCGGGAACUGCCAGGUACCACAUGCAGAUGCUUCGAGUAAAAGAGUUCAUCCGCUUUCACCAAAUUCCCAACCCUCUGAGGCAACGGCUUGAAGAAUAUUUCCAGCACGCGUGGACAUACACCAAUGGCAUUGACAUGAACAUGGUCCUAAAGGGUUUCCCUGAAUGUUUACAAGCUGACAUUUGUCUACAUCUCAACCAGACUUUGCUGCAAAACUGCAAAGCCUUUCGGGGGGCAAGUAAAGGUUGCCUUAGAGCUUUGGCAAUGAAGUUCAAGACGACCCAUGCACCUCCAGGAGACACCCUGGUUCACUGUGGGGAUGUCCUCACUGCACUUUAUUUCUUAUCCAGAGGAUCCAUUGAAAUCCUCAAAGAUGACAUUGUGGUAGCUAUUCUGGGAAAAAACGAUAUAUUUGGAGAAAUGGUUCAUCUUUAUGCUAAACCUGGAAAGUCUAAUGCAGAUGUGAGAGCUCUCACAUACUGUGACUUGCAUAAGAUCCAGAGAGAAGACUUGUUAGAAGUUUUGGAUAUGUAUCCCGAGUUUUCCGAUCACUUUCUCACAAACCUAGAGUUGACUUUCAACCUAAGACAUGAGACUGCAAAGGCUGAUCUCUUACUACGAUCACAGUCCGUGAAUGAUUCUGAAGGAGACAACUGUAAACUACGAAGAAGGAAAUUCUCAUUUGAUAGUGAGGGAGACAAAGAUUUUGGCAAAGGGAACAGUACAAAUGGUCCUGAAGACUCUGUAGAUACCAUAAGACAUUAUCACAGUUCCAAGAAGCACUUUGAAGAGAAAAAAAGCAGAUCUUCAUCUUUCAUCUCCUCCAUUGAUGAUGAACAAAAGCCUCUCUUCUCAGGAAUAGUAGAUUCUCCUGCAGGAAUGGGGAAAGCAGCUGGACUCAAUUUUGAAGGAACAGUGCCCACCUCAGGAAGAAUUCACAUAGAUAAGAGAAGUCACUCUUGCAAAGAUAUCGCUGACACAAGAAGCUGGGAACAAGAAAAUGCACAGACUCAGGCUGAUGAGUCUAGUCCCUCAGCACUCCAGCGAGCUGCCUGGGGGAUCUCUGAAACUGAAAGUGACCUCACUUACGGGGAAGUGGAGCAAAGAUUAGAUUUGCUUCAAGAACAACUUAACAGACUUGAAUCCCAAAUGACUGCUGACAUCCAGGCCAUCCUACAGUUGCUGCAGAAACAAACCACCGUGGUCCCCCCAGCCUACAGUAUGGUAACUGCUGGAGCCGAGUAUCAGAGGCCCAUCAUCCGCCUGAUGAGAACCAGCCAUCCCGCAGCAUCCAUCAAGACGGACCGAAGUUUCAGUCCUUCCUCACAAUGUCCUGAAUUUCUAGACCUUGAAAAAUCUAAACUUAAAUCCAAAGAAUCCCUCUCAAGUGGGGUGCAUCUGAACACAGCUUCCGAAGACAACUUGACUUCACUUUUAAAACAAGACAGUGAUCUCUCUUUAGAGCUUCACCCACGGCAAAGAAAAACUUACCUUCAUCCAAUUAGGCAUCCUUCUUUGACAGAUUCAUCCCUAAGCACUGUAGGAAUCUUGGGUCUUCAUAGGCAUGUUUCUGAUCCUGGUCUUCCGGGGAAAUAAUCAUUUUGUACUAUUUACUCCACAUACAAUGUAAGUGCUUUUAAUGGCUGUUUUCCUUUUUUUGUAUUUAAAUCCUCUCUACUUGACUCAGGGGCUCACAAGUUACCAUUAAUAUGCAAAAGUACUGUAUAUUUUCCUAAAUUGAAGCUUGUAAGGUGAAAUUGAGCAAUUAGGAUGUAAAUAUACAUAUGAACUCUUUUGUUCGAAAUGUUAAAACUGCCAGCAUCUCAAGGCAUCUUAUUAUUUUUAAAAUCCUGUGCAUGUUAGGAAACUCCAAUUUCUCUUGCAUGGAGACUCCUACUUACUACUUUUACUACCCCAGUAUUUUGUUAUGAAAAUGCCUUCCAAGCAAGUAAGAAACCAAGGAAUAACAUUGUUCAUGGAUGCAAAUCAGGUGAUCCCCAACUCAUGGAAGUUCCAGGAGGAGAAAGGGAACUUAGUCAUUUUGAGAACAGAUAGAUACCCUUCUGUAUUGAGAUGUUUAUAGUUAAUUACAUUCAUUUCACCACACCGGGGGAAAAAAAAAAGUUCUAAAAAAGUUCUAAAUCUCUGAUCGUGUAGGGAGCCAUCUCCAAAUACAUGAAUAUAGGCCAGCUUUAAGGAGGACAAAAAGGCCUUUCUAUUUAAAAUUCUGUCUCUAACUUCAUUUACAAACUACCUAAAAUAUUUCUCACUGGCACAUUUCCUUGAACAUUUAGAAACAAGUUUUUUCUCAUUUUUCUUUCUUUUUUUUGAGGGAGGAGGGAGUCUUAAGCAUGACUGACACAAGCUGAUAUCCAGAGUUUUCCUCUGAUUCAUAUUUUAGGGCAAUCCUGAACUGGAUCAAAAGAGUGGACGCACAGAGUUCUUUUUAAAAAAUGUGCAACUUAGUGGAUGUGCAUGGCAAAACUAGCUUCCAUUAAGUAUAUGUUGUUCCAUGGUUUUCUUAUCCCAGCUGUGGAAAAACAAUGUGUUUUUACCUGCCUGUAAAGGAAAUGAAUACACCAGCAGUAACAUUUCAGUUUCGUUCGAUUAGUCAAACACAUUUCCUAAUCAAAGAUUAAAUGAAAAUGUAUUAUUUAUGGAUUGGGCCGAAUAUAUUUGGACGCCAGAAUAUCAGAACAUACAAUGGAAUAUAUUUUAAUAUCCUUAACUGUUAGAUUUUUUUUGGAGGGAGGAGCAUAUGCCUCUCAUAAAAAUCAGGAUGCAGAAAAAAAUUGCAUGUUAAGAAUCUGAUUAGUCAAUUUUUAGUCAAGCUAUAUUUCUCAAUUCAUUUGAGUACAAUUUUAAACUUAUUAGGGACUGAUCCAUUAUACCCUUUCCUUCUGAACAAAAUUUUGAAAUUUCUGCAAGUUUCUUCAUUCUUUAAUGAUUCUUAUACUCACAUGUAUUUUUAAAGAAAUAAUAUAUCCGUGCACAUUAUUAAAUGGAUUAAUUUCUAUCCCUCCAAGAUAGAAAUGUAAUCUAUUGACUUACCUUUACCUUUGACACUAUUAGUUUCAAAUACAAGCAAUUCAUUUAAAUUUACAAAGCUAUUGCACUAUUUAAAAUAUGAUUAAAGUGACCUUAAGUUGCUCCCUAUAUAUUUUUAAACGGUCACAUGUGUGGGAGGCAAUCUGUAGGCAUGAGCAAAUUCACAUCCCUGCUAAGUGUUUGAAAAAAAAAAAAAAAAACAAGUACGUAUGGCAAAAUGACCAGUCCAUUCCCAAUAAAAAAUAGAACAAGUUCAACUAGCUUCUCAAACCAUUUGGUGUUAAUGCAGAUACAAAUUUAGGGACUAACUGAUGCUGUCCUUCCUUCAUUCAGCAAACAUUUAUGGGUGCCUAGCAGGGGGGAAGAAAUGGCUAACUUUGAUUCAGAGGACUAUUUAAGGAUUUUAUGUCCAUAUUUAGGCACAUUUUUGCAGCUGCAACAAAUUUCAUAAGGAUUGCCAGCCUCAGCUUCAGGGAAAUUCAGAAUAUAAAUUCACCAGAGACUGUUCAUUUGUAGGGAGCGAGGAUUUGGCAGGUGAGGCGUUUAGAUCUGAUGGUUGGAUUAGUGAAUGCUUCAGCUGCAACACUGGUAUGACAUGUGUAAAAUUCAGCCUUUCACAUCAAGCCUCUAUACUUCUUUAUAAAAACUGAGCAUGAAGGAAUAGGAAGAUGGGGAAUAGUGUACCAGCAUCCCGCUUGUUUAAAUUCUAGCAUAACACAGACUGUCUUCCUUUUAAUUCCUUGACAUAAAAAAAUCGCUUGAUGUUAUCAUCUAAGCCUCGGAGAACUGGACAGGAUUAAGAAGGUCCCCUCUUAUAGGAUAUCAGCUUAACAAGAGCCUGAACAAUAUGAAGAUGUGGUUAGUUAGGCAGAAAUGUCAGAGGCUCAAUGGUUAAAAUGACUUAUGGAUGACCAAAGCAAUUCGCUCAUUUUACAAAAUCCAUCUCCUUGACCCGGCCAGAGGCCUAAUGCCCCAAGUCACUGUCCCUUUGCCCACGGGCUGUAGCGAACAGCCUGAGCCCUGCAUGCGGGGAUCGUCCUGAGAGGCGGGGUUGACUGCUACAGCCAGUCAUAGUGGUAUAUAGCCACUGCUCUUCUUCCAGGGAACUGGAAGCAUUAACGUAACUCCUUUUGCUUUCCACCUAAAAAUAAUGUUACCUGGUUCCCAGGCCUAAAUAAAAUGCCAUCUAAAAUCUGAAGUUCAUCUGAGUGAGAUGUUUUCCUGCUGUUAUUAACUGCUGGGCAGAGAGCAGGAAGUAUCAUUUUACCCUACAGGGGAGUCCCAUAUUCUAAUAAGUUGACAAGGAAAGGAGGAACAAAAAAAUGCUGACACGAUGUCCUUGCAGGAUUUUUAAAUUAAUAAUCACUCAUUGAACAAACAUGAGAAGGCAGGGGCAAAUUUGGGAUAGCCUAGUUUCUUAGGUCCAUGAUAAUGGAUUGGUCAUCGGAGAUGAAUUCUCCUACUCUUCCAGGCGGAAGAUACGGAAACCAGGUUGGGGCAUAGCAGCCGUUGGUGUGAGCUAGGGCUGCUUACAGGUCUUUUGGAGGUUUAUCUUUAGCAAUGGUUCCAAAAUGCCUGAAAGAACAGUGUCCUUAACCAAAUGUUAUUUAAAAUCCCAUCAUAUAUUAUGAAAGGAUAAAAUUUAUCACCUCAUCAACAUACCUAAAAUAAUCGUUCUUACAGUAUCUUUCCUUUGAAGGCUUUUCAUGGUUAAAAAAAAAGGGAUGUGGUAGAUCUAGUUAUUAGAAAUGAAUCACAACACUAAUUUAUAAUAUAGUAGCCUUUAAAUUACUUAUCCAUGGUUAAAACCAAAAGCAGAUCAAUGUAUUUGAGUAGAUUUCUUACUACAAAUCGAAAUUUUUAUAAAUUACAAAAAACUUCAAAUGUUAUUAGGUUUCUAAUCAUUUUUUCUUUUUUGGCAGUACAAAUGUGUCUGUCAUGUGAGUUUAGAGGCACUUGGAAGACAAAACAAUGUCCUCACAUGGAGUCCUAGAAUUAGCAGCACUAACACCUCUGAGGAACAUGCUAGAAAUGCAUAUUGUUGGGCCCCACCCAGACCUACUGACUCAGAAAGUCUGGGGGUGGGACCUGGCAAUCAUCUUUGAACAAGCCCUGCCCUAUAUGAUCCCAAUAAACACAAGAACUUUGAGAAUCAUCAAGGUAGAUGGGCCUCGGGAUGAGUUCUUUCAUUAAUAGCUGUGUGACCCUGACCAAUUUAAUUAACGUCCCUGAGUCCUUUUCCUGAAUUUGUAAAAAUAAGAUAAUGGUACUUGCCUCAAAGAAGCUUAAGAAAUGAGAUAACAUAUAGUAAAGUGCCUGGCACAUAGUAGGUGCCCCCAAAACUCUAGAUUCUUUGAUUUUCACCUAGGAACAUCUCAAAAACAAUCAGGAAAACAAAUAAUUUUCCACAAUUUAGCUUCUACAUAAUGUGCUGUCUCCAGCUAAAGAGCCGUUACCAAGACUGAAGUUUUUGAUUCAGAAAACUCAAGUGUAGCUAUUGUUUUCUCUAAUUGUAUUUUGCACUAUUAGGUUUAUAGCUUUAAAGUAAUACUUCUUAUUUAUAAUAAUAAAAGUGAGAGUAUGAAUGUCAUUGUUACAAACCUAUCUACCCCGAAUCAAUGUUAAAUGCCAGGUAUGUAAGGUGAUCUGUUGAAUUGGGUACAAGUAGAACGUGGGCUGUAAAGACCGGCUCACCGGGGAAGCCCCUCUUUAGAUCCACAAUAUAGUUCCCACAUGGAUAUUUGAAAAUGCAUUUUCGAAAUACGCUUUUGAAAGAAAAUAACACUAUUUUUUCAGAAAAUAGAAUUUAUAGUUGUCAUGGUUCUUUGCAGGCAUCAAGGCCCACUCCGUCAUGCACAGAUACGUUAAACAGACACAGUCCAGUGUUCAGUGGUAGAAAAGGCAAAGAGAGUGGUAAACCUGAAUUAAAAUCCUACCUGCGGCACUUACUUUCAAGACAAACCCUCAGUGAGCCCCGGAGCCCAAACUGUAGAGGCACCGUCUUAAAUAUCCUGAGGGGUCUUGAGGAGCCUCUGGAGUAUAUACGUGGAAGUGCUUCGUAAACCGUAAAGCACCAUGUAACUGGUAAGCUCCUUAGGUGACUUGUGCAUCAUCACAAUACGGUGUCAUUCCGGUGGAAAUGCCAUAGCACGACCUAGGUCUUCUGAAAACCUUCCAUAGUUCUUUCCCCUACUCAACACUGACAGCAUUUCCACUCUGUGACAAAAAUGUCUACCGUGAUUCUCACAGGGCUGUAGUCAGAGUAGAACCCCAGUGCGAGGGAAGCGUCCUCUGCCAUAGCAUCCCAGGAUUUGUCCAACACCCAUAGCAUUAUGUAUUUGCAUUGCAGUUGUCUUCUAGGUAGGCAAUGGCUUCGCCUCCCUCCUCACUUCCUAAACGUUCUGGUUCAAAGCGAUCUUCUCUGGCUUCCACUUAACUUACAAGGAAGUGGACAUUUUAAAAACUAAAAAGAUGUUUUAAAAUACUUUAUAAAAUAUUCGUUGUUGUGACUGAUCAGUGCCUGAGCUUAGGAUAAUUCAUUACAUGUCCUGUGGUGCAAAGGAAAAUUCACAGGAAGACAUGAAUUAUCAAUAAUUGAUGGCAUGAAAAGAAAGUAUCACAAAGCUUAUUUAUAUAAACUAUUAAGUGGAGGUUGAGAGAGACGACUAACAAGAAGUCAUUUAGAACUAUUACAUUAUUAUUAUGAAUAGACGGACAAAACAUCGAUAGGAAUGCAAUGUUAAGAACACAGAACCAUACAGUCAAUUGAACAAUUUCAUUGUUCUACCAGUCAUAAUCAAACUUAUUAAAUGAGAGUAGCAAGUAUUAUAGAAAUGCUCUCAAUAAAAUAUUUUUAUUAUGAGAAGUGGCAAAAUUAACAUGGUUACUCUUGAAGAGCUAAUGUCAAAACUAAGUUGAAUUCCUAAAUUGUAGUCAUGACGUUUGUGACUUCCAUUAGUUAAUUUAAAAGAUACAAAAUAAUUUGGUACACUUACGGUUUUAAAGCACUGUAUGUUUAACCUGUAUUUUUGGUACUUCCCUCGUGUGUAUUGCUUUUAAGUUGAAAAUAAUCACACCUGUUAGUAUUUAAACCAUAUCUUUUUUUGUACUGUCACUAUAUACAUUAUUAACAUAUAUUAAGUAUGUAUUAAGUAUUUUGAAUACCUGUAAGAAGAUGCCACACCAUUCCAUCAUCCUUAUUUAGGAGUAAAAUUCAAGGAUCAGUAAUCUUAUAAUUACCUCCUCCAUAGCGUCUUCAAAAUGCCUCUAUAAUUACAGCAUUGAAAUUAUAUGCUACACUUUUUCCCAAAUAUUAAAAAAAGUAAUAAAAAUACUGAGGAAUCCCUAGUUCUCAUCUCCUAUGCACCUACAGAUUUUAACGAAAGACACAUUACCUCUUUUUAGCUGAAAUUUGCAUUCUAUGAUUUUGAUAGGAAAAUGUACAUCAGAAUGUUUGCCGGUUAAAUAGUACAUUUCAAAAAUAAUGUGUGUAAUCACUUGAAAAUGUCAGUCAUCUGAUACAAAGAAGCUCACUCACAUUGGUUAAGUAGUAAGUACCUUGGAAUGCUUUAAACGUAAAGAAACAAUCUACCAAAACACAUACUUUUUCCUAGUCUUUAUGCACAUAAUGUAGCAUGAAAUCAUGAUGCUUUUGAAAUACUCUGUGCAGAAAUAUUUAUUUUUUAGCAAAUAUUUUCUUCAAAGAUUGGUAUGUGGUAUUGACAGUGUAAUCUACUUGCACAACUAGUUUUGCAAUAACCUUCUACAAAUAACUGUAAAUAAGAAAAAUGUAAAUUUCAUGUAAAAAUGGUUGCAAAUUUUUGGUAGCUAAAAGUGUACAAGUUGUAUUGAAAAUAUAGUAUAUAUACAUAAUUUAAGAACGAAGCAUAUAAUUUCUGAUCUAUUUAUACAUGAAAAUUCAAGAAUUUGUAAAAGAAAUUAUUUUGGGGAAAAAGAAAGUAAAUCUCAUUAGCUAGUUAGAAUACUUUUAUUAGAGAAGCCAACUAUUUCCAACAUUUUCCUAGGCAUAGUGCUAGAUAUAGGCAUGGUGGUGCUGAUGUAUUUCAUGAAAUCACAUAACUGUAACAGUGCUGCUACAGUUUACGGAGUUCCACUGGGACACCAGUAAACUGGACUGAGUGGUAAAAAGCAUUAAAUCUAAAAUUAAAGAAACAUAAAAACACUUCACUUCUUCUUAUUGGCUAGCAAGAACAUAAUGGUAAUUUACUGAAACAUUUAUUGUUUCAUUACUUAAGAUUUCCGAUAACUAAGCGGGCUUCAAAUUACAUGGGACACGAAUUCCGUAUAAUGUGUACAUGGUUCAUUUUUUUUUUCAUCAAGAAUGGAAAUAUCCAGAUUACAUUAUUUUCAUUUGCCUAAGUUUCAUAUGCGCUUAAUUUCCCCCCCAGAAUCAUUUAUCUAUUAUUUAAGAAAAAAAAAAAUCCAACUAUCUUCAGAGAAAUCUUUUCAAUAAAAUUUGUUGGUCACAAUAUGGCAUUUUCUAAGCUAAAGACUAUUUGGUCCAUUUAGUGGCUUAGAUUCCCCACCAUCCAUUUCUUAAGGUUUAAAAAGCCAAGAGAACAUUUCCCUAUAUAAUAAAUGAAAAACCAAAUCAAAUAUAGAUUAUCAGAAAGCAAUGUACUGGUAUCUUUAAGUGAGGCUGAUUAGAAAAUGAGAAUCAAAGUACGAAUAAGCUAAUUAUUUAAAAACUUAAAAUCUCUUGCAUAAGAUGAAUUUGGGGGUGACGUAUUUAGAUAGCUUUGGGAAAUUACAUAUGCAUCCAAAAGUUUGGCUAAUCCUAAUUUUUUUUAAAAUGGCCUAUGAUUUUCAAAAGAAUAUGGGUCUUUAUUUAGUAUGUUUCUGGAACAUUCAUACCUGUUCAGGUUACCCUUUGAAAUUUCAGUGAUCACAGCAAGAUAAAAUGUGAUUAAAUACAGCCAGCUAAAAUGCCAAUGACUGUGUGUAUAUAUUUAUAUUUUCAUGCUUAAGGGAAAAGGCUGGGACACACCCCCCCCAAACACACACAUACAAUGUGUCAGAAGAAGGUACUAAUUUCUGGCUUAUUUGUCUCUGACUAUAGCUAUUGAAGGAUGACAGAGCCCAAUUGUCAUUUCCUGUAAGCUUUCCAGAUGGCCAGCAUCUCUGAUGUUGUGGAAGGGGUACACCUGGAAAUACAAGUAGCUCAUAGGCAAGGACCCUCUUCCCCCCCUAACUGUAUGGCACAUCACAGUAAUGUAGGAGUCCUGCCAAUGUCUACUUGCUAUAUAUAUGCACAUACACAGAAGCACACCUGAGUUCUGAAUGCUCGCAAAAUAAUACACACAGCUGUAUAUUACCAAGCUACCUGGUUAAAAGGAAUGUUACAUAAUAUAAGGCUCUUUCCUUCAUAUGCCAGUAAAAUACGUUUUUUUAAAACAAGCAGAAAAAGACAUGGCAAGAAACAAUUAAAAGCACAGAUUUCCCAGCAUCCAAAUAAUGAGUUGAUAGUGAGUCAGACAUAAAUUUUUCGUAAGUAUCCUAGUGUCUUACUGGAAAGUAGUUUUGUGCUCAGUAUUCUAAAUUACAGGAAAAAAUUUAACAUAUGGACAUAUAUGAUGUUAUAACCUUAUUCUAGACUACAAAUUACCUAAACCGGUAUUCGUUUAAAAUCCUCUCUGCAUUCAUCACUAUAACAGAAGUUCUCAAUAUUUGUUUUCUCUUUGUAUCAUCUAAUUUUAUUAUAAAGUCUAGACAUACUCUUAGAUGAUAGCUUAGCAUUGUACAUUUAUUUCAAAGUGCUAUAAGACCAAAAAAAAUGUGGUUUUUAAAUACAAGUUUCAAAGUAAUAAAACACCAUGGUUGCAUUUUGAAGUUUAAAAGAAAAAAAAAAAUGCUAACUGCAAAGAAGUCUUGGAUUUUUACUCACUAAAUAUAAUCACCAGACUUUCACAAAUGUAUUCCUACUAAGUUCCCAGAAAACUGCGACUAAUAGAGAAAACAUAUCAUCUAUGAGUCUGUCAAACAUAAAGGACAAAAGAGAAGCACAUUUCUGACAAAUAGUAUUUAGCUUGUCCCGUUUAGUAAUGUCAUAACAGUACAAGUGAACUUGAUUUGUGUAUUUUACUUAAAUAAUCACAAAUUGAUAUUUUUUCUCAUUUUUUAAAUUGCACAGACUUUAAACUACGUUAAUAAAUUUUACUUUCUUCCAGGGUGAAUACCUUUUCUGGAAAUAAACAUAUCAUUUGACAUUUUUAAAUUACUUUCUGUUUCUGAAUGCAUGCUUAAAUAGAUCACAUGAGCACAGUCCUUGAAAUUACACUUAAAGUGGACCAAAUUAAGAUUCAAAAUAGUGUUGAUUUCCCCUUGAUGUAAUUUAAAAUGUGUAAACUGCCACUCAAAAUAGAAGUGCAAUACCUGAUAUUUAAUCAUAAUCAUUUGGCAGUGUUAAUAGGUAGGGGUGAAUUACUGCACUGUUAUUUGAACUGAAGCAUCUCAUAUAUGUAACAGAUUUUGUAUGAUACAAAACUUUACAGCAAGCUAUUUGAAUGUUUAUUAAAAAAUUCUCAAAAUGACAUGGAAACAUGUUUACUGUACAAAUAAAAGCAUUUAGAUGUUAAGAGUGUACAUUAUUCAAUAAUUUACAUCAUUACAAGAAAACUGGGUGUGAGUUAAACAGUACAAACUACAUUAUAUUCAUAUUCCAGUCAUUGUUCAUCAUCCACUAUUUAAUUUUUAUGUGUAAUGGAUGUCUGUUUACAUCAAUUAUCUUGAGAGCAUCAAAAAGUGAAUUGCAUUUCAGUAUAAAAAUCCAAGUAAAAUAUUCUCAAUGGCUAACGUCUGGUAAGAUUAUCUGUUUAAUGGAAAGGGCAAAAGAACUG